CUCAGAACUCUGAGAGGGACGGAGAGAGCCAGAGGCUGCCUGAAGUUGCAGAGAGAAACAGCCAGACCAGGAACACCUCCCGGCUGAGACAACUGCCCAGCAGAAGUCAAGGCAGGUGGAGGCAGGAGAGCAACCUGGACCUGAGCCAUGGACAGAUCAGACGACACGGUUGAAAUACCAGCCCUGGGCCGCCCAUUCCAGCUGGGGAUGCUGUACGACUGUCGUAGAGAUGCCCUCAUGCCAGGAAUCACCCUUUGGGGCCACGACUCGCUUCAGAAGGACAUGUGUAUCAAACCACAACCCAAGGCUGAAUAUGAAAUCAUUGCAUCUGAUUCCAUCGAAGAUAAGGCCUCUGCCCUCAAUGUCUCAGCAUCACUCAAGGCCAGUUUUUUGGGUGGAAUGGUUGAAGUGGGUGGAUCAGGCAAAUUCCUUCAAGACACCAAGAAGUCUACGAAACAGGCCAGAGUCACUCUGCAGUACAAAGCUACCACCAAGUAUUCACAGCUGACCAUGAGCCAUUUGGGAAUCCAAAAUGUCACUUAUCCAGCUGUUUUUGAGCAUGGUACAGCCACCCACGUUGUCACUGCCAUCUUGUAUGGAGCCCAGGCUUUCUUUGUGUUUGACCGAAAUGUCUCUUCUUCCGAGUCUGUGCAAGACAUACAAGGAAGUCUCAAAGUUAUGAUAGAGAAGAUGGUCACUAUUGAAGGUGAAGCAGUCCUCAAAAUGAAUGACCAGGAAAGAAACCAUGCAAAUCAGUUCAACUGCAAGUUCUAUGGAGAUUUUUCUCUGGAGAGUAACCCAGUGACUUUUCAAGAUGCUAUGAAAGUCUACACUUCUCUGCCCAAAAUGCUGGGUGCCAAUGGAGACAAGGCUGUGCCUGUCAGAGUCUGGCUCUACCCACUGACCAAGCUGGAUUCCAAAGCAGCUAAGAUGGUGCGUGAGAUCAGCUUAACACUGAUCUUUGGUGCCCAAACCGUCAUGGAGCAGCUGAGCGAAAUCGAUAUGAGAUGCAAUGAUCUGUCUACCAAUCCCAUUGCUACCACCUUCCCAGAAAUACAGUUGAAAAUCAAGAGAUUCCAGGAUUUCUGCAAGCAACACAGGCAGACUUUCCAGCAAGAUCUGGCAGGAAUCUUGCCUUUGAUCCGGGGAGGGGGGAAAGAGGAAAGAGUUCUGGUGGACAUCUUAACAUCCAUAAAUCAAUCACCCUUCAAUGGCCAAAGACUCAAUGAAUUUUUGAAUAAUAAGGAACGAGAGAUAACCAUGGUCAAGUCUUACCUUGAUAUCCUGAGUGGGAUAGAAACCAUCUCCUCCCAGAAUAAACUGGAAGAGGUAGUGCUUAACCACCAGAAUGAAUUUGUUGUCUCAUUUACAUUCACUUCUUUACAUGAUGAGGAACCAUUUUUAACCAGCUUACAACACUUUCUUCAGAAACGAUCAGCAGAUCCCACAGGAGUCCAGAAUGCACCGGAGGAUUGGAAUGCUUGGUUUCAGGAAAAAGACAGACAGAGAAAUGCUCGGAAAGCUGCCAAGUCCAUUGCUAAUUUUGCCCGAGUCAAUAAAUCAAACAGGAAUACCCGGUUCCUUGUGGCUUCUGUCCCGGAUCAGGACAACCCAGGAGCUUCCAUUUACCUCUAUGAAGAUGGGGAGCUGUUCAGCAACAACUUUGAGCUGCCCUCAAAACCUCUCCCUCCACUGAUUGGGCGAAUUGGACAUGACCACGUGCAGCUGACAUUUCAACCUGCGGAGUAUGGGAGGUCUUCAAUCUCAAGCUAUCAAGUAGAGUACAAAAUUGCAGGAGAAGAAAAUUGGAAGAUUGUGAAUACAGACGACAGUCAGGAGACAUUCCAAGUGAGAGGGUUGAGUGCAAACACAGAAUACCAGUUUCGAUACACUGCUAGGAGCAAACCAGGACUUUGUGACACCAGCAACGUGAGUAAAUCUGUACAGACACUUCCUACCAGCCCUCCUGGGAAACUGAGAGUGAUAAUUGCAGAGUCUUCCGAAAUCAGUAUAGCCUGGGAGAGCCCAAAGGUCAUUGGCCAGGGAGCUGUUAUAAAGGAAUACAAAGUGGACUACAGUGAAGAGGCUGGAGAGGCAAAAAGGAAGGAGAAAGAUGAAUGGGCUGAAAAAAGAACAGGGAAGAAAACAGAGUUCUGUGAGAUUGAUGGUCUGAAGCCCCAGACAUCCUACAGAUUCAAAGUCUCAGCCAUGUGUGCCGGUGGGGCUGAGAGUGAGCCCAGCAAAGAGAUUGAGGUUUCCACAUUGUUGGAAGGAGACAAGAACAGAGUCGCUUGUAAAUACCUCCAAGACAGCAGCCUGGUUGAGGAUGGGCCACCAGCAGUGUAUGCUCUGCCACUGGAGGCCAUACCAGAUGUCUCUACAUCCUGUCGAACAUACCAGCUAGGGAAAGAGAACAUGCAGCUGAAAAGCGCCCCACGCUGCGCCCCAUCGCGCAAGCCAGCUGCUCGUUCUCCAAGCAGCCACGAGGGGGAAUUCUUGUCCUGCUCAUUCCAAGCAGAAGAGAACAUAAAUUCAGCUGCUACUUUCGUUUUCCCUCCGGAGAAGCAGCUCGUCGCUCGCUUCCCGUUCACUGCAGGAAAAUUCAAAACGGCGUGGAAGACGACGCGGGGCGAAGAAGGAUCUGCAGAAGCAGCUUAA